AUGCCCAAGAAGCUCUCCAAGACGGGAACCUCGACCUCGCUGUCGAGCAUCGUGACAACGUCCUCCCUGGCGUCGGCGCUGCCCCCGGUGCUGACGGACGGGCAGCCGCUGCCGCGGCUCGUGGUGUUCGACCUGGACUACACGCUGUGGCCGUUCUGGGUGGACACUCACGUGCACGCGCCGUUGAAGGCGAACGCGGCGCGCGACGCGUGCACGGACAAGGUGGGGGAGACGUUCGCAUUCUACAGCGACGUGCCGUCGGUGCUGCACGGCCUGGCCGCCGCCGGGGUCAGGCUCGGCGUCGCCUCCCGGACCCACGCCCCCGACCUCGGCCGGGAGAUGCUCAAGCUGCUGCACGUGCCCGCGCCUUCGGCGCUGUUCCCCGGCGCGGACGAGGGCGCGCUGAGGGAGCUCGCCGGCGGCCGGAAGGGAAAGGGCGACAAGGCGCGCAAGGCCUUUGAGUUCUUCGACGGCGGGCUCGAGAUCUAUCCCAGUAGCAAGAUUCGGCACUUCGAGGCGCUCGGCAAGAGGACGGGCAUCCCGUAUACGGACAUGUUGUUCUUUGACGACGAGAGCAGGAACCGGGAUACGGAGACCUUGGGUGUUACGAUGUGGCUUGUGCGAGAUGGUGUCACAUGGGGAGAAAUCGAGAAAGGAAUCCAGGAGUGGAGGAGAAGGAGAGCCAGGGACGGCUAG